UCCCAACUUAUGAGGAAAUGGAGAGGCUGGAGCUGAGGAGAGAGAGCUCUUGGUUCGAGGAGAAAGAGCGCUAAAUAUCUAUAAUUUAAUGAUUAAGGGUUUCCCCCUCCCUCCCCCCGCCCAAAAAAAAAGUCACAGAAGAAAGAGACAAAAAAGAAAGGGGGGGAAGAAGAAAAGAGAGGGGGGCUUUAUGGUGAGACCCCUGAAGAGGGUCCCUCCCUUGGUGGCUUCUCCUCCUCCCUUCCCUCUUUUUUUGUUUUGCUUCUUUUAAAUGUAUAACUUGAUGGGUCUCAACAGCACAAGCGGAGCCAACCAGCCCAAUGUCUCCUGUACCUGCAACUGCAAGAGGUCUUUGUUCCAGAGUAUGGAGAUCACGGAGUUGGAGUUUGUACAGAUAAUCAUAAUUGUGGUAGUCAUGAUGGUUAUGGUGGUUGUCAUCACAUGUCUCCUGAAUCACUACAAACUCUCUGCACGGUCUUUCAUCAAUCGGCACAGCCAAGGGCGGAGGAGAGACGAGAACCUAUCAUCAGAAGGAAGCUUGUGGCCUUCGGAAAGCACGGUGUCAGGAAAUGGUGUAACGGAGCAGCAAGUCUACACACCAAGGCCUACUGACAGACUAGCAGUUCCAUCCUUCUUGCAGAGGGACCGUUUUAACAGAUUCCAGCCAACAUAUCCUUACCUGCAGCAUGAAAUUGACCUGCCGCCCACCAUCUCCCUGUCAGAUGGAGAAGAGCCCCCUCCUUACCAAGGGCCCUGCACACUGCAGCUCCGAGAUCCAGAGCAGCAAAUGGAACUCAACCGGGAGUCAGUCCGAGCACCUCCCAACAGAACCAUCUUCGACAGUGACCUGAUAGAUCAUUCAGUAUAUGGAGGACCCUGCCCUCCCAGCAGCAAUUCGGGUAUCAGCGCAACCUGCUACGGGAGCAACAGCAGGAUGGAAGGACCACCUCCCACAUACAGUGAGGUCAUAGGUCACUUUCCCGGCUCAACAUUUUAUCAGCACCAGCAAAACAACAGCGGGAUGCCCUCAAUACUUGAAGGGGGCAGGCUCCACCCUUCGUCACAAAUCAAUAGCCUUGAGAGCACAAUGGCAUGGAACAAAGAUAAAGAGAAACAAAAAGGGCACCCCUUUUAAAAGAAAAGAAACCGAAUGGAAAAAAAAACACUCUGCACUUCUUGUUAAUGGGGCCGGAGGGUUGGAUGGGUGGGUGGGCAGGGCAAGAUAUCUAGAGAUGGAGGGAAGGAGUGUAUGGAACAAAACACCCUUCUGCACCUCUGUGUAGUAUAAAUAUUUACAUGUUAUGUUUGGUCUGAAUGCACAAGCCAACAAAGCUUGCAAAAAAAGAUUUCUUUGUUGAGCUCUGUUUAGAAGGUUUCUUUUUUGUUGUUUUUUUUAAAAAAAGAAAUCUACAGCAGCCCUCUUACUUUUCCCCUUCCACACCCUUAGUUUUGUUUCAAAUUGAGCUGCGUGUGUGAAUGUGACACCUUUUUUGUUUAUUUCACUUAACUUUAAAGACAAAAAUAUUUGCACAAAAACGUUUGUUUAAAGAUCUGCAAUAUAUAUAUAUAAAUAUAUAUUAAAAAAAGAAAAGAAACUGUAUGUGUGUUGGGGAAGCAGGAGUAUUUUUAUAAUAGAAGAGGCCUAUUGAGAAAAAAAAGGUUGUGUUGUGUUUUUCUGAACUAGAAUAAAAACAUGGCAAUUUUUGAGCGUCAACUCAAAAAAGCAUGUAUUACAUUGUAAAAAGAAGAAGAGAAAGAAGAGGAAAAAACAAAAAAAAACAAAGCAGGGGUUUAGAGUUAUUUAUAUAAAUGUUGAAAAUUUUGCACUAUUUUUUAAUAUAAAUGAGUCAGUGCUAGUGUUUGUCAAAAACCUCUAUCAUGUCUACCACAAAACUGUUAAGAGAAAUAUGUUGAAGACGAAUAAAGAAUUAUGCGGGAGGGAACACCUAUAAGUCUGAAAACACAGACCAGGAAGGAACAUCAUAAAAGGACUGUAUCUUGUGCUAUUUUUUUAACUCUCCAGAAUCAAAUGUUUGUGUCUCAAACCUAAAUGAGUUCUGUGACACCUGACUGUAUUGUUAGACACCUGAAUACAUAAUGUGUAUGUUCCAAUGCAUCACUUAUGAAGGGAGCGCAUGUGUGUGUUCAUUUCCCCUUUCCUUGUUUUUUUAAACAAAUAUGGUAUUCUAUCAAGCUCCAAUUUCAUUGUGUACGAGGGUGGGGGCGAGCCUUUUGGAAAACCAAAAAGAGGCUUAUUUUUAUACACUCAUCUCAAUUGAUAUGGUGCCUGUAAAUUUUAUUUUACUUCAUGUUGCACUUAGGUAUCUGUUCUCCAGGGUCAUAAUUCAUCCACUCUUCUACAUUCCCUAUGAAAACAAGAUUUUGCUUUUCUUUUUGUAAUUCAAAGUUCUGAAUUUGCAUUUGUUUUUACCAUUUCUGAUUACUGGAAAUGUGACAACAAAAAGGCAGGAUUCCAAAACAACUCUGCAGAUGGGCCUUCCUAGCCAGUGCUUGGAAAUAACAAAUUAUAAAUACCAUUAUAUGUAACCUGUUACUUUGGGAAAACAUGUUGGCAUAACAGUGCUCCUAUUAACAAGUAGUAAGGACAUUAUUCCCCUUGCCCCCAUGUAACUUUUACUUGUUACCUUUAGGGAACUAAAAUGUAUUGGGGGAUUUUGAGGGGAUUCUCCUUCCCUCCAAAAUAAGGCUUGUUUCUUAUUUUACUAGAUUUUUAAAAAGAAUUGAACAACAAAAAAGCAAGAAAUAACUAAUUUUUCAAGCUUUAAUGUUAAUGAGCUAUUUGGGGGGGGGGACUUUGUAACAAAUUGCAUAACAAAUUACUUUUUUAAAAGUUACUUUUCAAGCUCUUUCUAGUGAUUGCUCAAAAGCGGGUGUGAAUGGGAAGCUUCUAUUUGAUGGAACCUCUCUGUGCUCUGGAGCCCUUGAAGCACAUAGAGGUGACAUAUUCUUUUGUCACAGCUCUGCAGAACCAACCUCCUUAACAGGCAGUUAGAACAGCCCCCUCCAUUGCUAUUGUCUCACUAAUUUCAGGAGGACCAUAAAAGCAUAAGCAGUCAUUAAAUUGCCUUCUUUUUAAUGACUGGGUGAUGGCUUCUAAUUGUCGUCGUGUCUUUUUUUUUUUUAAUAUCAAGCUAAUUUGCCUGUCUACAAUUAAGGUAAUAAAAGCACGGGAAGCAUCAAGAUCUCAUAAACCUGCCUUAUAGAUGAUUUUUUAAAGAAAAUAAUACCCUGGAAACCUGGUUUGGGGCAACUCGUGUUUUCCACAAGGUUUUAAAUAAGCUUCAUAAAUGAAGGUUGCCCAGAUGGUGAAGGACAAAGCCUCUGUGCCACUAAUACUUAAUGUAGAAAAAAAAGGGGGGGGGGAUGGCAGGUGCAGAAUAUAGUACAUGCUACUCUUAAACACCUUCUAUUUACGUACCAAUUAAUGGGACAGAAGUCCUGUCCUUUGUAUUGUAUAUUCUGCCCCAACUGAGGUCUCUCCGGGCCCAAAUGCAGCCCAUCAGCCAUACAUUGCAGGCAAUUAGGUGCACAAACUGCCCUUCCUCCAUAUUCUUUUUUUUUCCCAGUCCCUAGCAGAAAGCAAAAGGCAGUGGGGAGGGAACCUUAUCCCUAGGUCAAUAAUUCCUGAACAUGGGUCCUCAGAUGCAGAGCUAAUGAGUAAGCAUUGCUUUUUAUCUUCUGUUCGGAUCCCCCCCCACCCCCAUGUUGUCAGGCUACAGUUCUCAGAAUCUGUGGGCAUUGGUUAUGCUGGCAGGGGAUGCUGGUGAGUUGUAGUUCACCAACUUCUAGGGACCAUUGAGUUUGGGAACUAUUGCCCUAAAGAGAACUGCAUUCAGCUUGAUGGGUCAGAGGUGGUGCAGGCCUAUGAAGCAGAAAAGGCAAGCAUUUCUAGUCCUAUUGAACCCAAGUAGGUUGUGUUGGAAUUCAAUUUCCUCUACCCUAAAAGAAAUAGAAUGUGCUCAGCAAGCAGCCCUUAAUGAAUUAUCUCUUUUUUUGACCACCUCUUGUUGUUAACUGUAUUUUAUUUAUUCUAGUUGAAGAGGCUGGGUGCACAUUUUGAUAGAAACAUAUCAACUUCAGUGAUGUAGUAAAGAGUAAGGAAUCGUGCUUAAUACUUUAGAAGCGAAUCUAUGUGUUCUGCAAGUUGGCCUUCACCCACAACUCUUACAGUGCGGCAUCGUUCUGUGUCAAGGUUUUGCAUCUAACCCUCCUCCAAACAAAUCAGCCCACACCAUCUUUAAUAAGCGUUCUCUCCCUCUCUCUUGUUUCAUAAAGCAUUAUGUCUUACAACGCUAUUGUUUACAUUGUUUUAAAAAAUAUAAGGCAUAAAAGAUCUGAUCAGUUGCUUUAGCCUUCAUGGUGCAUUUGUAUGUGAUUGACUGCAAGUGAGUGAGAGGCAUAAAUUAUGAAGAGCAAGAGGAAGGAAAUGAAAGAUAACACACACAUACACGGGAAUGAAACUCCAGUUCUCUCUGUUGUGUACAGGUAUUAAUCUGUAGCUACAAAGGCUGCCAGCUCUCUAAGGAACAAACCCGUUUGUCCUCCUCUUCUGCCUUGAACAGAAGUAUGAUGGGACGAAGUUGGCAAGUGAAGCCUUUAACAAUAUUGAGAUAUAAAUGCGAUUAUAUGCUAAUAUCUGCAUGGAUCACAAGGGACACAUCUGUCAGUGGGCAGUUACUGGUGGAGGGUAACAGCAGAGGAAGGCUGCUAACUCUGGUUGCAUCUGCACUGACACCACUUUAACUGCAAUGGCUCCAUGCUAUGGAAUCCUGGAAUAUGUAAUUGUUGUGACACUAGAGCGCUCUGCUAGAAAAGGCUAAAUGUCUCAUAAAACUACAAUUCCCAGAAUUCCAAAGCAUUGAGCCAUGGCAGUUAAAGUGAUGUCAAACUGGAUUAUUUCUGCAGUGUGGAUGCAGCCUCUACUGCCCUACUUGUGGAUUUCCUGAUGGUAUCAUCUGCUUGGCUACUGGGGACAGCAGAAUGUUGGACCAGAUAUUGCCCUUUGCUCUGAAACCAACAGAACUGUCCUUCACGGUCUUAGAUUUUUAGUUGGUGAUAAAGGCACAGCUACAACAAGCAGUUGAAAAGUUGGCAACCUUUAUGGCUACAGAGUUCCAUCUGCUGGAAAAUGCAAGAGCACUGGAUUGAAUGGAACAACUGUUUGCAGAGGGAACUGUACUGAGUGACCUUUAUUAUAUUUUUAUUGUUUUAAAAACAAGGAAGGUAUAACAUUCUGCCAGAUGCUAACUAGUAAAGUAACAUAAAUGAAAGAUAUAGAUAGGCAAUAAGUCUUGUUUUUAUGUGACUUUUCUAUUACUUGAAGAAAAAAGAGAAAAACAAACCUGAAAACAGUUUUAAAACUUCUAAAUGUUUGGAUAUAUAUUAUGACAACAGGAAAGAGAUGAAUUUGAAGUUUUUGCCAUUUUGAAAUGAAAUUUUUUGCCUUUUUUGCCUAGCAAUCGGUUUUUGAACCUUUUAUUUUUUACAGCAUUGCAACCUUGCCCUCUUCCUUGAUAGCUCUUUCAUAAUCGCUUUACAAUGCCUACAAUUUACAGAUUUUUAAAAAGAACUAAAAGGAGUCACAAAGAUUACAAGGUCAAUGAAUUUCUAGAAGUUUUUUUUUUUAAAAAAAAAAGAAGUAUCUUUCCUUUAUGUGACGUGUCUAUUUAGUGCCUUAUUAAAAACAAAAACCAGAAAUCCUCCCUUUAAUAGAAAAUAAUCAAAGGAGAGGGGAAUUCAAUCAUUGCUAGUGAGAAGAACUUCCAGGGUGUGGUCACUUUCGCUUUUAGAUCCCUGGGUUUCCGUUUUCUCUUGUUAAGUUAUGUUUGGAGGGUGGGGUGUCUUUUCUCUAAUUGUACCUUUGCCCCCCACUGUAACCAAUUUGAUGUGCCUAGUUGUGUAAGGUGCUCCUUCGUUGUCUUGCCAUCUGUUUUCUUGGGAUUGUUUGCAAGGGAACUUGAAUACAUUUUAUGCACAUAUCCUACUCCACUAAGGUAGUAAAAUGUGGUGGAUAUUGUAAUCAAGGAUACCAACCAAAAGACAGACUGAAAUAUAUCUACUGCCCUCUUGAGCCAAAAUGAGUGAACAGUAAUGUCUGUGUUUUUGUUGUUUGUCAUUGCUGUUGUUAUUGUUCUUUUCUUUGUUCUGCGAUCUUACUGGUGUGUUUGCUACACACACAUGGACACACCUUUUUGUAGGUUGUAGGUAGAGUAUGAGCGCCGCAUAUCUAAAAGCUCUGCCAUCAUUGCAGAAUUGGCACCAUGGCUGGAGGUUGUUAAAAUCACACUGGAGUGCCUUGUACACAGUGGGAAAAUCUUGUAGGAUUGCCAUGGGCCUGCAGAAGCAGGAGUUAGUGUUGUUGGGCACCUUCAAGGAGCCCCCUACUGAUCCCUCUUGAGUUUCAUGGGCCUGUUGUCCCUCCUCACGGUUAGCAUUCAUCCACUAUCUUCAUUCAGACAAACCAUGACGAGAGAUUACAUGGAGGAGCCUACUUGCCUUGCCUUCAUGAUUAACCUCUGGGUGAUGGUAUGGAUUGAGUCCAGCAGACAACUGAAUUGGGCCACUCUGAAACAGUGGUGUCAAAGAGAAAGGCUCACUUGUGAGGAAGACACAUGGGCAACGGCUGCUUCCACAUGACAAAUAAUCCAGUUUACCAAAUACAGUUCCAAGAAUUCCAUAGCACUGAGCUGAGCCAUGGCAGUUGAAAAUGGUGCCAAACCAGAUUAUUUCUGUCAUGUAGAAGCAGCCAACAUCUUGAUCAAGGGGCUCUCCAAAACUUGAGGCAUGUUGCCAGCUUUGUUACUUGGCCCGGUUUCUUUGUCCUUACCAGAAAACUUGACAUGCAGCAGUGAAGCAAAGGAGAGGUCUAUCCUAGCAUUGAGAUGAAGCAACAACCAAUGCUUCAGCUGCUCUGUGUUGGCUUCUGUUAACUGGCAAACCAAAAACAAUUUAUUUAUCUAAACUGCUUAAUUGAUAGCCACUACAACACACAUUUACACACUUUCCAUGAGUGUUUCUCACUGAUCCAUCCUGGCUUAUACUUUUAAUUGAUUUAUCCCUCUAAAUUUAGGGUUAGUUUGUUGUGCUACCAUUUCUAGUUAUCAGCUCUAGUCUUAGUGUAAGUUAUUUGACCAUGCCAAAUAACAUAUAACUGAAACAUGAUGAAGAUGAGUUGAUUGAUUUUUCUCUCUAAACUAACUGCCAGCAGACAAAGGCAUUUUACUGCAUUUGCUGUGUUGUUUUAAUUAAGAAACGGAUAGAUGCAUUUUUGUCCCGAAGCUAUAGCAGAACUUAUGUCCCAAUUUCUUUUUCAUCCUCCUCUCAAUUUCCCCCUUUGUCCUCAGCUUACUUCCAUUGCUGCAAACUAAGUUCAAAGUGCAAAAGUAGUUUGUACCCAACUCAGCAGGAGGAGAGGAGGUGGAAGAAUCUUGCCCUUCCCAGUAAGCUCAGGCAAAGGUUUACUGCUGCAUUUUCUCCUAGCUGGUCUAUUCUUCCUUAUUAAGAACUUUGCCAUUUUGACCAUAUUCUGAUGAUACUUGGCCACAUGUGUCCCAGUUUUGAUCAGUGAAUUGUUGGAGGAUAUUCAGCUCUCAAAAUCUUCAGACAGGAUAUCCAGUAGUCAUGCUGACUGUGGGACUCUGGGAGUUGUAGUUUAAAAAACCUAAUCUCUUCCUCCCCCAGCUCUAGGCUGUAAAUAUAAAAUUUACAUUGAAUCCCAAAGCCACCAACCACUCAAAUACAUUCCUGACUUCAGCUGUCACCUUGGAUUUAUCCUUGCCACCUUUUGAUCAACUAAGGGCUUUUGAACAGAAGGCUAAAAAUACUGCAGGCAAAGCUUUUCCCAUCAUAGCACUGCCAUGCUAGGAAAAGAGGUAUAUAUUGGCUUCUGCCAGUUAGAUCCAGGAGCUCUGCCACAUAAAAAAGCCUGGCAACCUUAAUUUAAUUGUGCCAAGAGAAUUUCAAACAUAGAUUUGGACUGACCAAGGACCCAGGUUGCUCUUGAGUUUUCUCACAUAGCUCUUUUCUUUUUACACUUGUGUACAUGUUUACAAUGAGAAAUAGCCCCCAUCAUAACUAUUACAAAUACUUUUGUGUUAAGAUCAGCAGCACCUGUAAACUGGCAUCCUGGCCUUUAAAUCAGUCCGGACUCAUGAAGUCCAGGUGUGCCAGUUCCUGAAUGGUUUGUGAAUGAUCUGUAGACCUGUUGUUACCUGUUGCCAGGUUGUAUUUAUUCCAGAAACUGCUAGGAAAAGCGUUGAGCUUUAUUACAUGUAUGGCGUGAACUAUCACAUUAAGAAACUUGUGCACAAUGGGUACCAUGCCAACAUAAGUGGUGAUAAGAAUGCUGAUCUCCCCCCCCCCCCUUUAACUAAAGAGAAACUGCUUGGCCACUGAGUUAUGGUUCAGGUUACUAUUGAUAAAGGCAGAUCAAAUUACAAAUCUGCAUUGAUAAAAGCCAAUGAAAAUGUUGUGCUUCUGACUCAAGGGGAGAGGAAUGGAAAAAGGAACCAAGUGAAACAGUAACUUUUAAGAAGACAUAAGGCAUCAUUUCUGUUUAGCAACCUCCUGAGCACAUAUGCCAAUUUGUCAAAGGUUUUUCAAGUCAAGUUAGCUUUAAAACCAAUGAGGCAGUAUUUAGGGGGAACAGUAUCUUUGCACUGUAUCUUCAAGCAGAGCAGAGAUUAAGCUUAAAAUCAAUUCUGUUUAAAAAAUGUAUGGGGAUGUGAAUUUGGAGAUAAUAAUGGCAGGUCUGAGUUGGUUCUUCCUUAUUGUGGUUCUUGGUUUGAGCAAUUGUAAGCAUUAAGUUUAGAAAUCUGACCCAGUACUGACUUUAAGAAUAAGGAUAUGAUGGUUGGCCAAAAGUGGGGAGGAUAAAAUCAAUAUCCUUCUUGGGAAUAUCUUUAUAAUACAUCUAAAUCUCUUUAAAAUUGCACUAAAUGCUUUAUUUAAUGGAAAGGGGGGAAAUCCACCAUUUCCCCUCUAAGAGUUGAAUAAAAGAAGCCAGAUGUGUAGCAUAAACAUGUGAACUAAGAACAGAAUGAAUUCAUUUUCUCCUGUAUGAUCUGUGUGGCACUCAGAUAUAUAUAUAAAUAUAUAUAGUUUCCCCCAUGUACUACAUAAAGCGAAAGGGGUUGGGAAGGAAAAACACAGUUUUCCGUAAACUGCGCUUUCAAAAUUUUGCUGUAAUAUAGAAGUUCAUGAAGGACUACAUUUAAAGUCCACUUUGCCUGCCUUAUAGUCACAUUUCAUUGUAUUUUAAUAUUUUCUUCAAUUUCCAGUUGCAUUGCUUUUGGCUUUGGAGUUUGUUAUAGGCAGUCCUGUAAUCCUGAUUUUUUUUGUUCAGAUUUUUUUAAAAAAACUUACGUAAAGAAUAGACAGCACAUGCAAUGCAGUAAUUAUCUAUAUUUUGCUGUUUUAGUAUGAAUAUGUACUCUGAUGCCAAUUUCCACAAUUCUGUUGUAAAACGCUUCUUGUGUAACAGUAACCAAUAGUGGCAAUGAUAUGUCAUUCUAUUCUUAAAAAGCUGCAAUACUUAAAACAAUAAAUUUUACAAUACUUUGGA